UCUUCUCUCCUGUGUUUCUUGUGUAUCUUUCUGUCAGUCAGCGGGGCUGUCCCAGCUUUAUAUUGUAGCAGGAGGCGCUCCAGAAGCUUCAGGAAGUUUCUGGUAAUUACUACAGACCUCCACUGGGUGGAGCUAAUUCACCUAAUUUUUCACCUCUCAGUUCUGUUGCUUUAUGCAGCGAUAAUCUCUUUAAUCGUGUUUACUUUAGUAAGCUUGGAGCAAUAACAAAAGUUCCACAACACUUGAAACCAUUAAUGAAGUACUAGUUCAAUGAUUAUUACAAAUAUGAAAGCAUAGCUUUGGUAGAAAAAAUUCCUGAAUAUAAACAUAUUGUGCUGUACCAUAAUAUAUUCAGCAAAUGAUUCUUUUAACAGUUUCCUUUUAAAUUUUAUUCUGUAGUUUUUAUGGUCCUGCACAGAAAGAAAGGAGUUCUUUUGGGUGCUGUAUUACCUAAACAUAUAUUUGUAUCUUGGCUUUUCUUUAACAUUAAAUCAAAACAAAACAUAAAUUAAUCUAUAAAAUAUAUAGUUCAAUAUCUCCAUUACUUUUUAUAAGUUUAAUAUUGAUUCUCAUGCAAGCAUGCAGUACUUUUCUUUGUUGUAUGAAUUAACCUCAAACCAACAUUCUUUUUAAAAAAAAACAUCAAAUGUUUUAUAUGCCAUACACAUAAAAUCAUUUUUUGUCAUUGACUGAAAACUUACUAAACAUGAUUAUGUAAGUGAUUGUUGAAAGUAGCCUUAGGAAAAACACAUGAUACAUUAGGUGAAUUAGCUCCACCAAGUGGAGGUCUGUAGUAAUUACCAGAAACUUCCCGAAGCCUCUGGAGAGCCUCCUGCUACAAUAUAAAGCUGGGACAGCCCCGCUGACUGACAGAAAGAUACACAAGAAACACAGGAGUGAAGAGACGCCUGAAUAUUAAGAAGACUCAAGACUAACCAGAAGAAAGAUGCUGUGCUCUCAUGGAUUCCCGUCUGCCCUCAGUCCAUUCAUGGACUUCUCCUGGCCUGUACGCAGUGUGUGGCCAGAGGUCAGACCUCUGUUCUACCAGCAGCAUGUCAUGCAGAGAGACCUACAGGAGCUGCGCAGCAGUCUGCAGCUGAUGGACAAACUUCAACACCAGAUCCUGGAGGACACAGAGCCUUUCAGGAGCAGCGUGGCUCUGCAGCCUGUCUCCUACCAGCUGGACAAAGAGGGAGAGCACUUUGGCCUAACCAUGGACACUCAGGGUUUUUCUCCAGAAGAUUUGUCAGUCCGGCAGGUGGGCAGGAAGGUGAGAGUCAGCGGGAAGACGGAGAAGAAACAAGAGGAUGGGAAAGGCUCCUAUUCUUACAGCCUGCAGGAGUUCAGACAGGAGUUUGAUCUGCCUGAAGGGGUGAACCAUGAAGACGUCAGCUGCCAUCUUUCUCCAGAUGGAAAACUCCACAUCCAGGCAGCCAAAGUUCCUUGUUUUGAGGGGACGGAGAGAGAGCUGGCUAUCAAGAGGAGCUCAGAGGAGGAACCACAGCAGAGUGUUUGUUCACAGUCAGAAGACAGCAGAGCAGAAACACAGAACAGAUCAUAGAACAAACCUGAAAACAUGGACUCACAUACAUGUUGAUGUGCCAAUGGGAUGAUCUUAGAUUUCAUUGAUAAUACUCUUGUGUGGAUCAAUGUUGUUUUGGUACAUUACUGUAUUUGUUAACAGAAACAUUUGAAAAAUUAAAGAAUAAUAAACAGUUA